AUGAGCGGCGACUCAACCAACCUGCCACUGCGGCAGGGUACGACCUUUGGCAGCGGCGACGAUGCCGUGCCCAACAUUGACCCGACCACCACUGCCGGUCUCUUGACCGAGCGACUCCAGGCAUGGAAGCAUGCCGUAGGGUAUCUCGAGGAGUACAUUUCGGCCACUGAGAAGGUCCACAAAGCGCACGCGAAAGAGUACGAAAAAGUCCUCAAGACCAUCUCCAGCCCUCUUAGGGAAGGGGCGCACUUUGACCAGGGGCUCGGAGGCGUGGCUGGGUUCUUUGAAAACAUGCGCGUCAACACCCAGGCGAUGGUCAAUUCAAACACAGAAACUGAAAAGACUCUAAAAGGCACUGUUCUGCCGAUCCUGGAAAGACUUCACAAGGAGAUCAAGGCCAAGCAUAAGGAAGUUUCGCACGGCGCCGACAAGUCUGCCAAGGAAAUCGAGAAAGCUCGAAACAGCACCCAGAAGCACAUCGAAUUCCUCGGACAGCAUGCUGCGUCUUUUGAGUCGACCGGCGGCAAGAUGAACCCUACAGAGGAUCCGUACGUCCUCAAGCGUGGCGUGCUUCACCGCCUCAACAAGCAGAUCAUCGAGGAGAAUAACCACCGCAACGACUUGAUCCAUGUCCAGGACGGGUUCCAGGCAUUCGAGGCGCAUGUCGUUGGAGUCUUGCAGCAGGCCAUGGAAGCCUUCAAUCAGGUUGCAGGCGGACAGGCGGAAAAGACUCGCGCCCUGUACAGUGACAUGCUCGGGGCUGCUCAGCGCAUUCCUCCGGACUUUGAAUGGCAGGGCUUCAAAACCAGAGACGGAGCCCGCCUCGUGGAUCCGAAUGAGCCGCCCCGCAGCCUCGAGUCGAUUAGCUUUCCCAACCAAGAUCACAACGCGACCAAGGCCAUGAUCGAGGGCAGCCUGGAGCGAAAGUCCCGCAACAAGCUGUCUUGGGGUACGCAGACCGGCUAUUAUGUGGUUACACCAUCGAAGUAUCUCCACGAGUUCAAGGAUGAUGACAACCUCCGCGCCGAUCCGAAGCCCGAACUCUCCAUCUACCUUCCCGAUGCCGUCCUUGGUACGCCUGCUGGCGAUAAAUUCAGCGUCAAGGGCAAGGACAAGAGCAAGAGCAUCAGCAGCAAGCUCUCAGGAUCUUCAGAGUUGUCAUUCAAGGCGCACUCUGCGGCCGAAGCGCAGAAGUGGUACGAGGUGCUCAAGCUUGCUUCUGGCAACGCUGGUGUACCAUAUGAGAGCACACCUAGCUCUCCCGUGGUUGGUGGCCCGGAAUCGCCGGGCGCCACGAGCCCGGCCGUUGAGAAACAGCAAGAAGCUGGCGUCAUUGGAGAUGAGGUUGUCAGCAGCCCAACUGCGAUUAGCCCGCAGGCCACAUUCAAGGAGGGCGAAGCCACCACUGCUGGCGCAACGACCGGCACCACAACGGGCACCACGGCAGAGAAGAAGCCAACGGCGUGA